ACGUCCAACACCUGAAGGCGGAAGUGUUGCCUGCUGUGAAUGAACGUGAGAACAUGUGGAAGAGAAGCGAAACAGAAGAAGAAGAGAGAAAGAUGAUAAACAAGGAAACAAGACACAUGACGUCCUGCUAACAAGCUAACAGCUGCUAACAGCAGCUAACAGGCUAGCAGCUGUUUACAGCAGCUAACGAGCUAACCAGCUAGCAGGUGCUAGCAGCAGCUCCCCAGCAGCAGAGGAAGCAGCCAUGGCUCAGGCCGGAGCUCACCUGACGUCCACCGCCGGGAACGAGCAGCCGUCCAUCUUCGAGGUCGUGGCGCAGGAGACUCUGAUGGACGCUCUCAAACCUGCACUGAGACACGCCCUCAAGGUCCUGGCAGAGUGCAGCCCGGCUCGGUUUGGCGUUCUGUGGCGACGCUUUGAUGAGCUCUACCUGCUGCUGGACCUCCUCCUCCAGAACCACUUCCUGUCCCACUGCAGCGCCUCCUUCUCUGAGAACUUCUACGGCCUGAAACGGGUUUCAGGUGGGCGGGGCUUUCCUGUCCGCCUGGGGCUGCACAGGAAGUCGCACUGGCGAUCGCUUCUACUUCUGUGUUUGGUGCCGUACCUGCGGGCCAAGCUGGAGGCCACGCUGGCCAAGCAGAGGGACGAGGAGGACUUCUCCAUCCAGCUGGCGCGGUCCAGGGGCCGGAGGCUGUACCGGGCGGCGGUGGCAGCUUACCCGUACGUCAGCUCAGCCUGGCAGGCCUGGGUCUUCUGCCAGCAGCUGCUCUUUGUCUUCGGAGUCUCUAAGACCCAUAGUCCUCUGCUGUGGUUAGCCAGGGUGAGACUGGCACGACUCAACGCCCAAGAUGUCAGAGACAUGGAGCUGAAGAGCGGCGACACCACCGACCUCACGGACAAGAGCCUGGUGAUGAGGGCAUGGUGGGUGAUGUCACAGGCAGCGAGGGGCGUGGCCCUCUCCCUCUCCACCUCCCUCUCCAUGGGCGUCUUCUUCCUGCAGUUCCUGGAGUGGUGGUACUCCUCCGACAACCAGAGCACCGUGAAAACACUCACCUCCCUGCCUGCUCCUCCGCCCCCCCUCCACCUGCAGGAGGAGGCUCCAUCGCUCUCGGAGAAGCUCAGCGACGGAACUCCUCCGGGCUCCGGCGGCAGGAACUGUCGUCUUUGCCGAAGACUCUGCACCAACUGCACCGUGCUGUCGACCUCGGGCUUCGUGUUCUGUUACCGCUGCGUCUACAUGUACGUGAAGGCAAAGCGCCGCUGCCCGGUCACUGGGUUUCCCACCGAGCUGCAGCACCUCAUCAAGAUCUACUCACCGGAGAGCGGCUGACGGGUUCAAAGGAACCGCGCACUUUAAAAAAACACUGAGCAGCUGAUGACGAGCUCUCGAGCUGCAGGGAGAAGAACAAUGUUUUCACUUUGUACACAAUGGACUCUUUUCUGUCAGUGAUGUGAGCAGAUUUAGAUGUGAAACCUAAAUUCUAUUAAAUACUAAAUAUAAAAUGUAAUAAAAAA